AAUUUUGGAUCUUGCUUGGUGGCUGCACUGGAGCCAGGAGUGAAGAUGGAGGAACGGAACCCAACAGACCGGGAACCAGGGAAGGAUGCAGACAAAGGCCCUCAUGGUAGUAUGAAGGAAUUCUUGGGAGAGGUUGCACCAGACCACGUGAAACAGGAAUCGGAGAUAGGGCUCCGUGAGCGUUGGGAAGUCCAAUGGCAGCAGUUUCUGAAAGCAGUUCAAUCUCCACAGUCAAGACAGGGGAACACUCAGCUACCAGGCUUCACGAUAAGAAGUGAUUCUCCGAACGAGGGCCUCUUUGAUAUCAGGCCACAGCCUCCUAGAGAGGGAGUGACCCAACUCCUUAGCAGAGAGGCCAACCCCACCGGUAGAAACCUGUCACCCGGAACCAUUGCAGAGUAUAAAACUAUGAAGGAAGAAAACCUGAACGUGGAGGCCAGCCGCCAGCACUUCCGGCUGUUCAGUUACCAGGAGGCUGCUGGGCCCCAAGAGGUUUGCAGCCAACUCCGGGAAUUUUGCUAUUCCUGGCUGAGGCCUGAGAAACACACCAAGAAGGAGAUCUUGGAGUUGCUGAUCCUGGAGCAGUUUUUGGCAGUCUUGCCCAUGGAGAUCCAGAACUGGGUCAAAAGGGGAAACCCGGAGUCUUGUGCGGAAGCUGUGUCCCUGGCAGAGGAUUUUCUGCAGCAGCAGAGACAGGAGGAGGAGAACCGGCAAGAGCAGGUACCAAGGACAUCCGAGGAAACAGGGGCUGCUUCUCCGGAGGCUGAGAAGACGGCAUCUGAUGCCUGGCAGACACUGGUCUUCAGAGAGGUCAAAGAGGAGGCUGAGGAAGCUGCUAGCUCUGUGGCAGGUGAUGUGAGUUCUUGUGAGAAGGAGAAAACCCUGCUAGAAAACUGUGAGGGACUUCAGCCCUGUCGGAUGCUACCAGAAGGAGCCAAUCUGAACCUUUCCAAAGGUUCCAGUCAGGGAGACUGUUCUGAGAACUGGCAGGUAAUGUCUCCAGAUAAAGACAGAGAAUUGCCCGUGGGCUAUCCUCAAGUCUAUGAGCAUCCUCACCAAAGACCAAUGGAGCAAACAACCCUCAACAGCAGGAGAGAAAAAGUGUGCCUUGAAUGCAGCAAGUCUUUUCGAUGGCAAGCAGAGUUGAUCGCACAUGAAAGGACACACACAGGCGAGAAGCCAUACGAGUGCUUGGACUGUGGCCGGAGCUUCAGUUACAAAUCUCGCCUGAUCGCGCAUAAGAAAAUGCACACAGGGGAGAAGCCAUACAAAUGCCCAGACUGUGGGAAAAGCUUCAGCCGACAGCCACACCUGAUUGCUCAUGAGCGGGUCCACACAGGGGAAAAACCUUAUGUGUGUGCAGAAUGCGGCAGGAGUUUCAGUGACAGGUCAAAUUUAAAUACUCACAAAAGAACUCACACAGGGGAAAAGCCAUACCGCUGCUCACAUUGUGGGAAAAGCUUCAGCCAGAGCUCGACCUGCAUGAAACACGAGCGGAUCCACACAGGAGAGAAACCGUAUAAAUGCACCAGUUGUGGGAAGAGCUUUUGCCAGCGGUCGCAGCUGAUCAACCACGAGAGAAUUCACACCGGAGAGAAGCCUUACAAAUGCUCGGUUUGUGGGAAACCAUUCAGCCGAAGGACAGAUCUGGUGACUCAUCAGAGACGACACACAGGGGAGAAACCAUACAAAUGCCUGGAGUGCGGACGGAGCUUCAGUGCUGGAUCCAGCCUGAAAGAACAUAAAUGGACCCAUGCAGGCGAGAGAGCACAUAAAUGCACCCACUGUGGGAAAAGCUUCAUUCAGAUGGCUGAGCGCAUGAAACACGAAAGAACCCACAUGCAGGAAAGCCCAAUCCAGAUGUGGGGGCCAAAUGUCCUCAGUGAGCGGCAGAUGUUUCCCCCUCUGCCAGUGCAAGGGGUACCUGCCCUGGUAGAGGGGGGAUCAUUUCCUCUUUUCUUCCACUGUGGGAAAAUCAAGCGGAGUUUGACUCUUUCGUGCACCGAGAAGGCGAAAUCAAAAGGGAAGCGGGGGAAAAACAACAGCUCUCUCCUCCUGGAUGGCUCAGUAACAGACUUGUUACAAGUCUGGAGCCCAAAAUACUCCACAGUACCUGGGUUGCCAUAUUAUCUGCUGACACUUCCUGGACCCCACCAAGUGUUUUUAGAAUGUGCCGGCGGCCAGGUUAGCAGGAGAAAGAGGAAAAUGGCCACAGGGCUAGGAAAUACAUCAACUCCGAGUCUAGGUUUGGAACCUGUGCUGGAGCAGAGGAUGAAAUUGGAGGAGCCAGACCUGUCUGAACAUGGGACAAGGGCAGGGAAAGGUCCUCCCGUUGUUCAGGCCGAGAGUCUUCAGGAAAUCUGGGAUAGAAAUGCAGCAGCGGACAUUAAAGGAGAGCCACAGAAGGGGAUGCAGCAACCCUGGGAAGCACAGCUGCAGGAGUUCUUGAAGGUCAUGGAGUCCUCUCAUUCAGACAGGAGAAACCUGCACCUGCUUGGGCCAACCUUACGGGAGGAGGCUCAGAUGGUUCUUCCACCAUCUGUGGGAGUGACAGACACCAGACCACUUUCUGGAAGAGAGAGAGUGACUCGUCUGCUGUCACACCUGAGAGAAGAAACUCAGCAGUCAGAUGAUGCGAUGUUGGCUGAAGCCCCGGAAAACUGUGGGAAAGUGAAGGAAGAAGUCCUGGAGGAAGAAGAGGCAGGGGAGGUCUGGAGUUUGGAUGCAGAGCGCCAACGCUUCAGGCGGUUCAGCUACCAGGCAGCUGAGGGACCGCGAGAGAUUUGUGGGCGGCUCCGAGAACUUUGUCACCAGUGGCUGAAACCGGAGAGUCACACCAAGGAGCAGAUCCUGGAGAUAGUGAUCUUGGAGCAGUUCUUGACUAUCCUGCCCCGGAAAAUGCACAGCUGGGUCAGGGAAAGUGGGCCAAAGAGCUGCUCUGAAGCGGUGGCCUUGGCUGAGGAGUUCCUGCUGAGGCAGCAACAGGACAAGAGGCAAGAUGAGCAGGGACUGCCACCAUGCCAGGAUGUGCUCCCGAAUUUUCCUGAGACCGAGCGGGCUCUGUUGGCUACCUGGAAAAGGACCCACUCCAAGGGGAUCAAGCAAGAACAGGACCAAGAUGGCCCUUUGUUGGCUGCUCCUGAGACAGCGUGCCAGAAAGAGAAAAAUGAGCCAGGAAGUUCUGAGGAGUCAGGAACAUUUGUGCUGCUAUCGAGAGAAAUUGAGAAGGACCGUUGUGUUCAAGAGGCUGGACCUGGAAGCCUACAGCAAAUCAGCCCAGGGCUAAAAGAAGGGGGCAAAUUCAUUAAUUCUCAGGGAGGGUAUGAGGAUAUUGAGGAGAAUACAAUGGAGCAACCCAAAACCCUCAAGGGUAGGCGAGAGAACACAUCUGUUGAGUGGGGAGAGGUUUUUAGGUUGCGGUCUGACCUGAUUGUUCAUGAAAGGACCCUGACAGGAGAGACUCAGUACAAAUGUUCAGUUUGUGGGAAAACCUUUUGCCGAAGGAAUGUCCUCAUUACCCACCAGAGGAUACACACGGGGGAGAAACCAUAUAAAUGCCUGGACUGUGGGAAAAGUUUCAGCCAGCGAUCGCACCUCAUUCUGCAUGAGAGAACUCAUACCGGGGAGAAACCAUACAAGUGUGCCGAUUGUGGGAAAAGCUUCAGCCAGCGCCCACAUCUUGUCAAACAUGAGAGGAUCCACACAGGGGAGAAACCCUACAAGUGCCCCUACUGUGGGAAGAGCUUCAGCGACCGGUCCACCCUGACUACGCACAAGCGGACUCACACUGGAGAGAAACCUUAUUCAUGCUCAGACUGUGGGAAGAGCUUCAGUGACCGGUCAUCUUUGAUUGCGCAUAACCGGACUCACACAGGUGAGAAACCAUAUAAAUGUUCAGAAUGUGGGAAGAGCUUCAGCCACCAGUCGACCCUCAUUCGACACGAGCGGAUCCACAACAGCGAGAAACCCUUGAAGUGCUUGGAAACUGCGAAGAGUGGCAGAGCAGCCGUGAUAUUGGAGAAGGGAGCUCAGUUAAGCGACAAACCGCCUGUCCCAUGGACAAACUCUGUGGCUUGGGGGGAGUCACUAUCUGUCAGCCUAAAUACCUCUCCUUCCAGGAAAUGGAAGUCCUAUUCCACCCAGCCCUGUCCCAGGAGUUCCCAGCCCCUCUUGGAAGAGGCUUUCUAUAGGGGAGAAGUCCUACCUGUAAUUUUGGAAAGAUCUGUCUUUGCCUGCCUGGCAUCUUGUUGCCUUUGGGAGUUUAAAGGUCAGCAGCGCCGCCAAGACUGGUUGCCAACUCCGGUUGCGUUUUCCCUGUGCAAGAGAAUGGCUGCAGAACACACGGAUCCAUCAACCCUGGGUCUGUCGCAGGCUGAGCGAGGGAAGGAGAUAACGUUGGAGGGACAGAAAUCAGCCAGCCCCAAGCCAGGGAAGGGCAGAGGGAGAGACCCUCGCCUCGCCCAUGCCGAGAGCAUCCAGGGCUUCUUGGAAACGAGCGUGCCGCAGGAAGUGACCCAGGAGAAAAACAAGCAUUUGCAGCGGCAGUGGGAGUCUCAGUUGCAGGAGUUUAUGAAGGUGCUGGAGCCUCCAAAAUCCAGAGGGGCAGCUCUGCAGAUCCAAGGGCCCCGUCCAAGGAACAACGUCCGGGGGUUCCGGUUCCCAUUUGAGGAGAUGAUUGACUCCAGCCAGUUGUGUAAGGCUUCUCAGCAGCUGCCUGGCCUCAGUACAGAAGCAGUCCGGGCCAGGGAAAGCUUGGUAGACCAAAACAAAAUAGAGUAUAAGAAAGUUAAGGAGGAAGUUGUGCUUGGGGAGACUGUCAAUUUGCACGUCGAAUGCCAGCUUUUCAGACAGUUCAGCUACCAGGAGGCCGAAGGACCCCGAGAGGCUUGCCAGCAUCUCCGACGGCUCUGCCAUCAGUGGCUGAAGCCCGAGAGGCACACCAAGGAGCAGAUCCUGGAGCUGGUGAUCCUGGAGCAGUUCCUGGCCAUCCUUCCCCCUGAGAUGCAGAGCUGGAUUGGGGAAUGUAGCCCCCAAACCUGCGCUCAGGCAGUGGUCCUGGCCGAAGAUUUCCUGCUGAGGCAGACGAAGAAUGAGACACAGGAAGAACAGGUGAUGUCUCCCUUUGAGGAAGAUUCGGCACAGAAGGAGCUGCUGGACUCUUGGCGGAAGCCGCGCUUUGAGGCGCUCACAUCUGCAGAUGAUGCAGAGGCCCCCUUGUUGGAUGACAACGAGGAAAUGUGCAGAAAGGAGAAAACCCUGCUACAGAGUUCAGAGGGACUGUCCCCAUCUUGGAUGCUGUCAGGACGAGCGGAACUGAACGCUUCCUACAGUCCCGAUCGAGGAGAACCUUCAGAAAGCAUGUUCUGCAACCACCUGGAGAAGGGAGUGGGGAAAUUCAUAAAUUCGCAGGGGGCGUACGAGGACUUGGAUGAGAGCAUCAUGCGGCAGACAGUCCCACCCGGUGAGAGAGACUACUCCUGCCACGUAUGCGGGAAGGACUUCCGGCGGAAGUCGAACCUCAUCACACACGAGAGGACCCACACAGGGGAGAGGUGGUUCAACUGCUCGGAUUGUGGAAAGUGCUUCGCUAGCAGGGCUGCCUUCCUGAUCCACCAGCGGGUGCACACAGGGGAGAAGCCGUACAAGUGCUCGUUCUGUGGGAAAGGGUUCAACACUGGUUCGAGCCUCACCAGGCACAAGAGGAUCCACACCGGCGAGAAGCCAUACGAGUGCUUGGGCUGUGGGAAGCGGUUCAACGACUACUCCAACUUCAUUGUCCACAAGAGGAUCCACACGGGCGAGAAGCCAUACGAAUGCUUGGUCUGCGGGAAGAGAUUCAGCGACAAUUCAAACUUUAUCAAGCACCAUCACUGAGAGAGGAAGGCAGUAUGCUUUGAAAAAACCCGAAGAAUGAAAUGGUUUAAAAGGGCAUGCAGAAUGGUUUAAAAGAGCAUGCAAAGAUAACCUGUCGAGGCAAUGUCAAACCAUCCUUUGCCACAAUAGGGUCUGUGUGCAGGGACAGUCUGCCAUGAAAAAAACAGGUUCCCCACAGAUUGCCUGUCACAUUGCUAUCUUCCUCUAGGGGGACUCACAGUGUAUGUGGUAUUCCCCCCCACCAUUUUAUACUCAUAACAACCCUAUGAGGUAGGUUAGGUAAACUGGCCCCUGUGAGAUUCGUUUCCCCAGGCCUUUACCCACCAUGAUAUAACACCGGGAAGAAUAAGACUGGCCUACCUUUCAGGGUUGACAGGAAGGAUUGCCAUGUAAACGGUUGCUCCUGGUUGAGCACUUCUGCAUUUUGUACUCAUGACAAGUUAUCUUAGAGCUGAGAAACUGACGGCCCCAUCCAAAGGGGGGGCUGGUGAAUCUGCCACGAGAGUGGUGUGCUACCCCUCCAGUGGAUUCCCCCUCCGUGGGGCACUGCACUUCCCCUAGUGGAUUUGCCUUCCCCAGGGAACUUACCCCUGUGGAGGGAUAAAACCACCAGCAUGCAGCUGCCACCAUCCUCCCCACGGAACCGUGGCUGGGGGAGGAGCUGACUUUAGUCCGCCACCUUAUGCUGGCAGAGGUUGGUUUAGAGUUGAGCAACCGCAAAGGCGGCGUAAAUCUGUACAAUC